AUGUUUGCGCACUCGUGGACGCCAUUGGGAGUAAUUUCACUUGUUGCCAAUAACUGCGGUUUCAUCGAACGGGAGGAUCUGAAGAAGUUUUCUUUUGUGUUUGAUGCUUUUUUUGGAAACCGGGCUCUCCUGUUGCCUGGAGUUAAAGUACAUUUCACAGCUGUGAAAAAUCUGGGAAAAGAUUGUGCAGUUGAUGUGAAAGUGGCCCCAGGAGGAACCGAAGACAUUGACAGCACGGUGUAUGAAGGUGUAGUUCUCACAGUCCUUCCUCAUGACAACGUCAAGGAGGCCAAUCCUGGCUGCAUCAGGACCAUCAUCUCCAAGGAUCCCAUUAAACUGCCCUUUGGAAAAGCGGACACCAGUGUGACUCUGCUGCUGUAUGAUCGUGUGGAGUUCCAGCUGCUGACGAAUGUUAUUACUAGGGAGCAAAGAGCCACAAACAUCAAACCAAAAACUCCUGACACUUUUCAGCUCACCAAAGAAGUCAGGGAGAUGGGUGUGAUUAUUAAUAAGAGCGAUGAAACCCUGACCAUCAUGACACAGAAACAUGAUAGCCUGACCGCCACAUCUACUGACAAUUUAUCAGAUGAAGAGCUGAAUGUCAUGGAUGAAGUGGAGCUCACCAUUUUGACUGUGAACGACACAAAGAAGGCCGUCCGACUCAAGAAGCUGCCCGAAGGCUCUGUCACCUUUAAUCAAAAAGCAAAAGGCAAUGAAAAUAUGUCUGACACGAACGACAAUACAUCUGGCACUGGCCCUGUCAAAGACAAGUGGAAGCCUGUGAACACAGAAGCUGGUUCUCAAGAUUUAGAUGUAAGCAGUGAGAAAUACGAGGGGACCAUUACUCAAAUCGUCCCAAAGAAAAGCCCAAGUGAGGACAAAGUGAUGGACAAUCAAGAGUGCUCUCUGGGUUUUCUGGUCACCACAGUGGAGGGCACAGAGAAGCGCUUAUCUUUUAAGUCAGGUGAUGUGAUCACAAAAGCCACCAUGAUGCUUGGUGACAAGGUCCAGUUCAACAUCUCCACCAACGUUGUAACUAAGGAGGAGUGUGGCGUCAACGUAGAGAUCCUGCCAGAAACUUUCCAGACGGACUCUGAAGAGCAGCGAAAGAUAGGGCUUGUUGUCAAGCUGGAUGAUAAUUUUGGGUUCAUCAAGACACAACAGGACCCGCAGCUAUUUUUUGACAUAAGUGAAGUUAUGGAGGACACCAAACUCACUUUAUCUGAGAAGGUUGAAUUUACGUUAGUACAGAAUGAAGCAGCUGAAGGGGGAAAACAUGCUGUUAGAAUAAGAAGGCUGAAUGAAAGUGUCUUCACAUCUGCACCAAAAUUAGAGGCCUUUGGAGUAAAAGAGAAGAAGAAAAUGACUAUCAAAUUGCUGAAGGAUCCCAAAGACCAAAUCAAGGAGGAGGUCAAAACAGAGGCCAAAGUCAGUGAAUCAGUGGAUGUAGACAAGGGAAAAGACAAGCCCUUACCAUAUAAGUCAUCUGCAAAAGAUCUGAAGAAAGAAAGUGACAGUAAACAAGAAAGCACUAAAGGUGAUAAAGUCACGAGCAGAAGCAGGGAAAACAGUCGGCGUCGGUAUAGUAGUCGAAGCAGAAGCAGGGAAAGUGGUCGACGCAGAUACAGUCGCAGCAGGAGCAGAAGCCGAGACAGAAGUAGGAGCUACUACAGAAGACGCAGAAGUACCAGCCGUGAGAGGAGGGACAACCGGUACAGAUUCAAACGCAGCCGCAGUCGGAGCAAAGAGCAUGUAGAGAGAUCCCGACGGAGUCACAGCAGAGAAAGGAGCAGUCAGAGUACUAGGAAGAGAAGCCGCAGCCCUGCUGACAAAUAUGAUCACUAUGCAAAACAAAGCGGCAAUAAAGAUUUAAGUGACAAGAAGAAAGUUAAAAGCCCUGACGAUGUAGAGGAAGAACUAUUGAGAAAAAGGAGAGAGCUAAUGGAACUCAAUGAGCUGAUUGCACGUAAAAAAGCUAUUGUCGCUAUGGAACAAAAUGCUAAGAAAAUUGAACCUGAGGAUGGAAAAAGUGGAGUUACAACAUUUGAUUAUGAGCAUGUGCAUCGCGAGAACAUUUGGAUGCCUGACCUAAAACCAGUGAAGUCCAUCUUGAAGAAACAGUCUGAACCUCACAUUGACCCUAAAUCUCAGGCAUCUGCAAGCAAGGAAGUUGCUGCUCCUUUUGUAAAAAGUGAAAGUCAAGAGAUGCAGAUAGGAUACCACCAACAGGCUUUUGGCUCACCUGGCUACUCAACAUUUGAAAGUAUUGCUGAGAGGACUUUAACAACUUCAGGGUCUGACAAGACAACUGUAACUCUGAGUCAAGAUCUAGAAUUGGUGAGACAAAAGAAGCAAUUAGAAGAUCUCAGUGAGUCUGUAGCACGCAAAAAAGCACUAAUCGCCUUGGAACAGAAGGUCAAAGUUGUUCAGGAAAUGCCUGAAAUGGAAGCGGAACACAAGUUUGACUCACACACAGAAGACCAGUUUGUAAUGACUAAAGGGAACUUAUGGAGCUCUGUAAUAAAACCUGAUAUUCAACCUAAAAGUCAAUUUUGAAGAAACGCUCAGAGAUUCUUACAUCUCAGAGUGACAAAACCUCAGUUGAUGAAUAUGGUCAGCUAAGUCAGGAUGGUGAUUCUUUUACAAAACCACCUUCCCAGAAGACAGCAGCUUUGCCAUUUAAUAGGUCCUCAAAUCCACAAUCAGUUCAGACCAGUAUGUUGGGAUUGUUCAGCCAGAUCAAGAAUGAGUCUUCAGCAGAUUCACAGAGGAUUGAAACACCCUCUUUUAACAAGCCAGUUAUCUCACAGUCACACUCUCAGGUCUCCAGUUUAAGGUCUUUGCAUGAGCAGAAAUCUUCCAGUAUGUCUAAAGGUAGCAAUUCUCAGGAUGACCAACACAGGGCAUCAUCUCACCUGCCUCAUCCUCCUAGCAGUAUCCCUUCAACCAGUCAGACUUCAC